AUGCUAUCGGUAACAAUUUCAGGGACAAUCGUCAAUUCGGCUUACGAGCCGUCGAUUCAGGCGUUGAUACGAGUUAUCGAUGUUCUCGAUGAGCCAGUCGUAGGUGGUCGCGAUUCGUUGGGUCUCGUCGUCUGUCAUGUACUUCCUUAUCUUCUCUUCAACUUCGACGCACCUAAUCACUUGUGCUUGUCAGUAUGCGCUGUUUUGAAACAGUACUGCAUGGAGUCACUAAAGAAUGCGGAAGGGUCACAGAUGGAUCACCCGUUGAAUAACCUGGCUACGAUGCUGUCGCAGUACACUACGAAGACGUUCUCCAAGGAUCGCUAUCAAUGGACGAAGUGUGUGUUACAGUACCUGUGCGAGGCAGUUGAUGUGUCUGUAGUACAACAAAUGAUUGUGCUGUUAGCUGAA